GUGCAUUCAAUUUGAUGUGUCACUUUUUGUUUUUUUUGGAGUCCCAACUAUAAAUAAGGUCUCUGAAAUUGGUUUCUGUGUGUGCUUCUUCUGUCUUCUUCACUACCACGUGUUUGUGUUACUGAAUCCAUGGCGGCAAUACCGACGGAAUUUUUGUACGGAUGAAAAUAAAUAUCCUUCAGCAUGCUCUUCUCUCUCUCUCUCUCUCUCUCUCUCGAAUAGAAAAGAACGCUUUUGGGGCAGAGAAAUCCGGAUAAACGUAGAAACAAAAGGGAUUCCUGAGCACCCACUUCCCCUCCAAAACAAAGAAUCUCAAACCAAUUGCUCGUUUUGAUUCUGUAUCUGCAUUGUCUCUGUUUUGGUCUCAUUGGUCUUCUGGUUCGUCUUUUCACAUCAUGGAAGAUGUCCCUCAAGAACCUUUUGCUUCUCCUCCAUGUGGACAUGGUAGCUGUUUCAGUGCCGUCGCCGGAGAAAACCCAGAAAGCAAGGUCUUUCCGGCUGCAGAUAAUAAGCCACUUCCUCUGCUUCCUGUUUCUAUAUCUGUUCAAGAUUUAGCAUCUAUAGAUAUGGAGGAGGAGAAAGAAGUCUGGUGCUCUCCUAGAGGAGUCCUGGAAGACUGCAUAAGGAGCAUAGAAUCAGAGACUGGUUCUUCCAAGACCAGCACCUCUGGCUCUGAAGCUCAACCUAGGGCCAACUCUCAUUGGCAGGGAUUAUUACGUUUAUUGAAAGCUAGGACCUUGAGACGCUUUUACACCUUUCCUUCAGUUAGUGUUCUUUCUAGAAUGAAAAGCAGAAGUGUUGGAGAAAGGGCAACAUUCAAUCCACCUGAAGAAUUAGAUUUCUGCUAUCUAAAACCAUCAUGGAGGAACUUUACACAUUCAGAACUCCAAAAUGCAACUAACAAUUUCUGCUCCGAAAAUUUGAUUGGUAAAGGUGGUUAUGCUGAAGUUUAUAAGGGGUGUUUGCAAGAUGGGAAGCUUAUAGCAGUUAAGCGAUUGACUCGAGGAACUUCAGAAGAGAGAACAGCAGCUUUCUUAUCCGAGCUUGGAAUCAUAGUUCAUGUAAACCAUCCUAAUACUGCUAAAUUGAUAGGAUUUGGAGUUGAAGGAGGAAUGCACAUUGUGUUACAAUUGUCUCAUCAUGGGAGCUUAGCAUCUCGACUUCAUGGCUCAGAGGAGAAAUUAGAAUGGGGUAUCAGGUAUAAGAUUGCUUUAGGAACUGCUGAGGGUCUCCUGUAUCUUCAUGAGAGUUGUCAAAAGCGAAUCAUCCACAGGGAUAUCAAGGCUGCUAAUAUUUUGCUUACAGAAGAUUUUGAGCCUCAGAUUUGUGAUUUUGGGCUCUCAAAAUGGUUACCUGGACAAUGGACUCACCAUACUGUAUCAAAAUUUGAAGGCACGUUUGGAUAUCUUGCUCCUGAGUACUUUCUGCAUGGCAUAGUAGAUGAAAAGACUGAUAUCUUUGCUUUUGGGGUGCUACUGUUAGAGCUCAUCACUGGGCGCCGAGCUUUGGAUAAAUCACAGCAAAGUCUAGUCAUGUGGGCAAAGCCUUUGCUUGAUAAUAAUGAUAUGAUGGAGCUUGCUGAUCCUUCUCUUGCUAAUGACUACGACCCACAGCUGAUGAGUCGUGCAAUUUCGACAGCUUCUUUGUGCACCCAACAAUCUUCAGUUCUACGGCCUACAAUGAGUCAGGUUGUACAACUUCUGAGAGGUGAUGAAGUUAUUUUGGAAAGCCCAAAACAAUGUCAGAAACCAUCCCUUCAAAGGACCUUUUCAGAGGAGCUGCACGAUGCAGGCGAAUACAACAAAACAAGGUAUCUGAAUGACCUUAAUCGGCAUAAGGAGAUUGCUAUGGAGUUCUGAAAGCAUUAGUAAUCCAGUUAACUUCUUGAAAUUUUCUGGAGGUUGAUAUAUGAAGUUCUCCUGUGGCCCUGGAAAUAGUACUUCCCGAAUCUAUGAUGGAUUUUUGGUUCGAGUCUAAAAGUGGUACGUAUGUCCAUUGAAGAAUUUGAGGCUCAAAUGUUUGUUUGGAUCAAGGAAUUAGAAGCCAAGAAAUUCCCAAUCCUGUUCUUAAAAUCCCAAGUUCAGGGAUGAUGUCCCUAUUCCAAUUCUUAUGCUUCUGAGGACUGAACAGUUUUAAGUAGAAUCAUUACUCACUCAAAUUCCUUGAGCCAAAUUCAGCUUAAAGAGUAUUUAGAAGCAAAGGUAACCCAUAAACUCAAAAUCUCAGAAUCUUUCCAGCAAAACUAGUGGUGGAAGAGACUUGGUAGCUGAUCUUCCCAUGUUUCUAAGAAAGCUCUAAAUACAUUGAACACGAAAGUUUUAUCCAGUUUCGAUCUACCAAUGUAUAUUCAUCAAAAAGAUGGCUAGUGUAGAAAUGAUGCAAAUCAACAAGAUUUUAGUUGUAAAUGUUCAUAGUUUGGGGGUUUUUUUUUGGCCUUUUUUUUGCCUUUUUGUUAUAUAUAAAUAUAUAUAUAUAUUUGUGUUAUUGUUUUACCCCUAAAACGGUAUGGGUAACCGAUCUAGAUUGGUCAAGGAUCAGGGAUUGGUCUCAGUCGAUAUUGAUAUGAUAUGGCCGAUAUGAUUGAUACGAUACCGAUACUUUAAACCAUGCCUUAUGGUGCAAUCUAGUUAUUAUGUGAAUCAACCUCCAAGAUGAAACAGCUUGGAGGCAAGAGAGAGAGUAUGGUGAGUAUUUCUUUCAUGAGACGUUACUUUUAUAAGUAAUCUGUGUGAUUUGUAAU